CGUCAGCCUGGGAUUGGUAACCUGCAGUUAAGCGGGCUCCCUGCCAACGCCAGGGCUUUAAAAGGGGUGAUGCAACGCGCUCCUAGCCACAGUCUCACUCAGCGAGACGCCGCGCACGGUGCUUCCCCGGUAGAGCCAAUCAGCUAACCCGCGCUCCGGCAGAGUCCUUGGCGCUCGCCCGCCGGCGGGACAGACCGCCCGCCUCUGGCCGCUCUCUGGACCCUGGCCGCUCCGAGCGAAGACUGGAGCAAAAUGAUGCUUCAACAUCCAGGCCAGGUCUCUGCCUCAGAAGUCAGUGCGACCGCCAUUGUCCCCUGCCUCUCACCUCCUGGGUCACUGGUAUUUGAGGAUUUUGCUAACCUGACACCCUUUGUCAAGGAAGAGCUGAGGUUUGCCAUCCAGAAUAAGCACCUUUGCCAUCGGAUGUCCUCUGCGCUGGAGUCAGUUACCAUCAACAACAGACCCCUGGAGAUGUCAGUCACCAAGUCUGAGGUGGCCCCUGAAGAAGAUGAGAGGAAAAGGAGGCGGCGGGAAAGAAAUAAAAUUGCUGCUGCUAAGUGUCGAAACAAGAAAAAGGAGAAGACAGAGUGCCUGCAGAAAGAGUCAGAGAAACUGGAGAGUGUGAAUGCUGAGCUGAAGGCCCAGAUCGAGGAGCUGAAGAAUGAGAAACAGCAUUUGAUAUACAUGCUCAAUCUGCACCGGCCCACCUGUAUCGUCCGGGCUCAAAAUGGACGGACACCGGAAGACGAGAGGAACCUCUUUAUCCAACAGAUAAAAGAAGGAACAUUGCAGAGCUAAGCAGAGGUGGCAUGGAGGCAAUUGGGGAGUCCUUGCUGAAUCCUCCUUUUCCACCCCAAACCCUGAAGCCAUUGGAAAACUGGCUUCCUCUGCACUUCUAGAAUCCCAGCAGCCAAGAGCCGUUGGGGCAGGAGGGCCUGUGGUGACUACUGCAUUGUCCCACUCUGUCCCCGAGUGAACCGUGGAGCAGGCAGGAGCAUCCUUUGUCUCACCAAUUCCAGGAUUUAGGCCUUACCAUCCCGGCCAUUCUCAGAUGACCUAGCUGGCCCCAGGCUGGGGUCCUAUGCAAAGCAGGAUCCCUCCCACUAAUGGGAUUCAGGCAGAAGUGUCUACCUUGAUAGGUGGGGUGGGACCACAUCCUCCACUGCGGCUGACAACGUCCCUCCAAGGGAAUAUGGAGCAAAAACAUUCAUUAUUGAGGUUGUCCAAUGGCCAGGGUAUGCUUUCUAGAAAAUAUGCUGUUCUGUCCCAGAAUGACUGUGCAUAGGGUAUCCGUUUCAGAGCCUGGUGUUGUGCUAUUUAGAUGUUUGUCUUGCACAACAUUGGCAUGACUUUUCCGGGAGUUUCAUCAGAUCUGAUUUCUGAGAGUCUGGGGUUCUGUCAUGGUGGACAAUGCCCCUCCAAAGCAUUUGUGUGACCACAUGAACUUGCUGGCACCAGGGGAGUGAAACUGGCUGAUGACCAGCUGUGCCGCUUUGUGCCUACAGAGGAUGGACAACACCUUUCCCUGUACCCACUGCAGAGGAAGAACCCUGGGCAUAGCAGCUUGUCCUUGGCUACAAACUGUUACAAUGUCACAGAAUGAAGGCACAAAGUCCAACUUUCAAAGGGUGUAGGACUCCACACUCAGUGACAGGGCAGGAAGAGCCAAAGAUAACCACAGCCACAGUCUGUGGAGACCAGGGUUGGAAGCCAGGUGCAGGCCAGGCGUCUGCAUUGUGGGGUGUUAAUGGCGCGUUUGUCUUGUAGCUAUUUUGAGAUGUGGUCCAGAGCAUUUCAGCUGGGAAGGCUCCCUCUGGCCGUCAGGACUCUGGCUACUGUUAAAAUCCUGAUGUUUCUGUGGAACCCUUCAGUGUUUAAUCCCACUCAAUAGUAUCAUUACAGUUUUCUGUAAGAGAAAAUAUUACUUAUUUAUCCCAGUAUUCCUAGCCUGUCAACAUAAUAAAUAUCAGAACAAGACCUGGUAAA